AUGACCAUGACAACGGAACCAUCCGCGCGAGACUCUUUCGUCGAGAAUGAUAUUCGCUUAACAGAGAAUGGCCACAAGCUGAAACUUCGCUCUGGACAUUCCGACCCUGCUAGAUCCGGAGGCGCCACGACAGACUUGGGCAAACGAAGAAGGGAUGCGGACAAAUCUAUCCACAACAUGCCUGGUAUUGCAGCUGUUGCAAUUCAAACAGCCUUUGCUCACUGGACAAGCAUUAUUCUGAUGAUUUCUUUAAUCUUUGGGGGCUGCUGUGCGAAUGUAUUUGCCCUUGAGGCAAUAGUAAAAUUCGCUAAUCUAAUGCAGAGAUCAACCAGAUUCAGAUAUUCAAGGGGACAGAUUCUAUCAGUCGCGCUGCUUACUUUCGGAGUCGUCACUUCUGCAUUAGCAGAUGCGCAGGCGAAAGGAGAAGCGGUACAAUUUGGGGGUAGUGGAAGCUCUAACAUAUACAGCACGUUUAUCGGCUUUGCUAUUCUUGCGUUGGCGAUGCUGCUUUCUGCAUUUCAAGGGAUAUAUGCAGAUCGGCUACUUUUAACUCAGUGGCGCACAUUGAAUUCGUCUCCUUCAUUGCUAUACCAUAUCCGAGCCCUGUUGAAUCCGAUGGGACACCCAACCGAAUUGCCCGCCUCUGACGAGACGGCCGGCGCAAGCAACUCUUGUGCAAUCUCCACAAGCAACCCAGCCGAAGCCUUCCUCCAACUGCUGGUGACUUGCCGUGUAUAUGAAGGAUUCCAGCCUAUCUUGGCAAAUGCCUUGACGCAAUAUUGGUGUAUACGCGGAGUGCAUCUUCUCUCCGCGAAAUCGUCGUCAUUAACUGUGACGAUUGUUUUGAACAUUCGAAAGCUUGUUUCGCUCCUGUUGUCCAUUCACCUUUUUGGCAAUGCCCUUUCAAAAGGUGUUGUCAUGGGGGCUAUACUUGUGUUUGUGGGAGGAAGCCUGUAUGGCUUCGAGGGUGCGCGGCUAAGGAGGGCAGCUCAGAAGAAAGAUUGA